UGGAAUGUCGUUAUUACUUCCAUUCGUCUCAAGUUUUCCGAAAUUUCGCUGACCGGUUAUUUAUUUUUUUACGUAAAUUAAAUAUUAUUUGCCUCUGACUCGGGACUAAAUAAAUUACUAUGAUCUGUGUAAAAUUAAUAAUAACUCCACACGAUUGAAGAGCUAGACUGUAGAGUGAAGAAGUUGGUAAAAUUCAAGCUACCUACCGGCAGUCUUGAUGAUGAAAAAUUGUAUUUAGUGAAUUUUCAAUAUACAUUUAAUAAAAAGGUUACUUAGGCAGAUUUUUUAAUUGAAUCUAAAACUGUAAAAUGCUAAUAGCUGGACGAAAUCAAAUUUUUCAUUACGGAGGCCCAUCUGCAAGACAACAAAGUGAGCAUCAAAUUGAUGAUCGCUUAAACAGUAUAAAUAAAUCAAGUGAAAGUGUGAUAACUAUUUCUAGUACUUCCUCUUCAUCAAUGUCAAAUAGCUCUAAAUAUAAUCUAAUCUAUAAUCUAAAAGAAUCUGCAAUACAUGACCACACAACAAAUAAUAUCUCAUCAACUUUUUUAAAGAGUCCAUGCUUGUUGUAUCCCACAAAAACACAUAGGAUAUCAUUUCCUAGUCGUAGUGAAUCUACAGAUAGUUUGAAAUCUGAAAUUCGUGAAUUUAAGCCAAUCAGAGUAGCUCCAACUACACCAAAUAACAAAGAAAUUUUGAGAAUACCAGGUAGAAAGCCAGGUGGCAAGGAAUGCAAAGGAAGUGAUUAUACAGUUAAUUUUUGUGCAAAGAUUUCGAACAGAUUUUGAGAAAAAGUUAGAAGGGAAGUAAUGUGAAACAUUACGUGAAAUUGUACUUGUCUGCUGAAAACUAUUUUUUUCUAUUUUUCUUAAGAUUGCCAGGAGAAUCAUCUGCAUUUUCAUUUGUAUAUAAAGCCACGACGACUGGAUCAAAUAAUAGUUUUGUAACACUAAGCUCGGAAAUUUCCAAUAGUGUUGAGAAAAAAACUUUGUCUUUCUCACCUAAAUUAGUUCAUUCUAAAACUACUGUAAUCGAUAAAUUAUUAGUACAAGAAGGAAGAUAUACCAACAAAAUUGUCACAAGAAGCAAAAGUCAUUGUAAUAAAAUAGAACGGGAUAUUUCAGAAAUUCAAAAUAAAUCAAAGAACAAACAAAAAAAAAAGUAUAAACAGAAAUACAGUACUUUUUCAAGAUCAGCGAGGUAUGAUUUGAGAAAAAAUAUAAGAAAUUUAAAAAAUAACAAAAGUGAAACAAAUUCAAUAAAAAAACAAAGGGGAAAAAAAUCAGAAGAAAGGAUAAAAAAAAUUGAAAUUGAUAAAGUCAAUAUAGCAAAGCUUCGUCGUUCAGCUCGGAACAGUCGCUAAGUUUCGUAUUCACUUCAAGUUAAACUUAUAAAUAUUAUGUAUUUAUUUUUAAGCUCUACAAAAAACAUUUCUGUUUUGCAAAUAAAAUUAUUUAAAAAAUUAA